GUGAACCGAUCGAGACCGAAUAGAGUCUUCCCGAAGCAGCACCAUAGCAGCACUAAGUAGAAGCAAAAAUAGUUCUAAGGUCUAUACAUACUAGUCAACAGCUUCGCGUCACCAAAACGAAGAAGAUGGGUGUAGUAAAAAUUGCCACGGAGCAUCAAGCAAUAAAUCUAAACACGCAUUGAGGAGCUUAAACAAGGAUGAAAGUGCAGCCACUAUUGACGCAAGUCCUUGACUAUUUGGCUACGUAUCUUUCAACUAAGUAACAUGCCGCCUGGUUUGACAUAAAUCCAUGAUUCGAUGACGUAUGCAUAAAUACAAGACACUAAAAUAAACACGACCUCGGCACCACAAGACGGCACUUUAGUAAUAAAGCCUCGAGAAUGGCGCUCAAACUUGCGGCGCGGGGGGACUACGGGUCUUUUUCCCAUGCUGACAGGACGAAAUGGGUGCACGAGCAUAUGGACGAAAGGCUCAGGCAAAGUUUUGCCCAGAAAGUACUCGGGCUGACUGCAGGUACGAGGAAGGUUGCUUAGACUCCGACUCAGAAGAACCAACUACAGUAGAUGUUGCUGUGGCAAGAGCGUGGUGCCGUUGUGCGGCCUCCUUCUAUCCGAAUUCUCGAAACUUCUCACUAUAAACAGGUAUGCUUUCCGUGACCGCUUCCGUUUGUAUGUUGUUCAAAGUCGUUUUCCACUUUUACCUGAAGCAUCCUCCAGACGACUUGGCGCACGGUGCCAAGCCCGCAGAGAAUUCGCGCGACGCAAAGUGGCUUCAAGACGUCGGGUCCGCGCUGUUUCUGAACGCCGAGGCCACGGAAAACUUCACUCGCCUGCAAGUCCGGUGGAUGGAAGACACCAUGGGCGCUUUCCGUAUACCAAUAACGGUUCUCGGAAUUUGCGGCAGCCUCUACGCACUGUGGCUACUGUGCUGUGUCAGGUGCUGCUGCUCUGAGGUAAUUAUGUCUCGACUGUUUAUCCUAGGUGGAAUGGUAACUGGUAUAUGAGAAUUCAGGAGCAGCUUUCCAUGUUUUUUCCGUGCAGCACUGCAGCUCUCCCUUGUGUAAGUGUAGUGAAAGAAUGUGACAUGCAGAAUGAGGCCGGCUCUGUUAACUUUUCUAAAGCUAUCUAAUUCAAGUACAUGACCCGGAACAUCAAAAAAAACUAUAGCUGCUUCGGCGGUCCCCGACCAACUACGUUCUCCUGUACACCCUGGGCGUGAUGUAUGGGUUGACGGUAAACACAGUCACGCUGCUCGCCCCGAUGUGCGACAUUGGCCUGGCGCUGGGCGGCACGGCCGGCGUUUUGAUUGGGCUCUACUGCGUGGCCAAGUGUACGAGCGUCGACGUGACGGGGAUGCGGUUUUGGGUGUGGCUCGUAGGCUACCUGCUCAUCUUUUCCCUCGCCAUUUUUCUCCUGCCACUGGUUUUCAUCGGCCAGUUUCGCGUUAUCGGCUUCGUCAUCAACGUGCUGGCCCUGUUGAUGAUAUCGGUCUACUUGGUGGCAGACUUCCAGAUGAUCGUGGGGGGGAAGCGUAUCCGCAGUGAGAAGUGUGAGUAUGUCAUUUUUCGCUUAUGACCUUCAAGGAAUCGAUUUAUAAAGCACGGCAUCUCCUUCUCCUACUUCCGCUUCCUUCUGGGGAAGCGAGACAAAGUGGCAUAAUUGGGCUCCAGGUACUCGGACUCCAAAAAUUAUUGUCGGAUGAUCGACACCGGGGCCGGCGCUGCGCUUCAUCGGCACCAGAUGCAUAG